CCUUCUGUCAGUUCCACCCAACUGGCUGCGUGCUGACACAUCUUUCUUCAAUCUGUCGCCAGAAACUUCAAAUCAAAAUAAAAGUCGCGUAAAUCGCAGUAGAAAAAAAAAGUAAAAUUCGCCUGAGUCUUUCACACUAGUUCCACUUGAAAUACCCUCAGUUCCGUUAUGGGCAACGCCGGAAGCAACCUCCCGCGGGAGCGCCACAAAGGCUCGCACGAUUUAAUUCCGGGAUCGCCGCUCAAGGACGGUCAGGCGUUUGUGUUCGACAAGAAACCGGACCAAACCCAUCGGCUGGUGUUCCAGCGCAGCGAGGAGGACGCCGCGGAGCCGUACUACUCCAAGUCGGUUCCGGAGCCGGAGUUUCUGCGGGAGCACCGUCGGCGGUCGAACACGGUGUCGGAGGAUUCUGCACUGCAGGGCGAGCCGGAGGGUGACGACACGGACGAGGUUCAGACGGCACUGCCGACGGUGUUCAAGUGGGAUGGCGGUGGCAAGCAGGUCUACAUCAGCGGGACGUUCUCGGAGUGGAAGGCCCUGCCGAUGGUCAAGAGCCACGGGGACUUUGUGACGAUUAUCGAUCUGCCCGAGGGGGAACAUCAGUACAAGUUUUGCGUGGACGGCGAGUGGAGGCACGAUCCGAAGCUGAAGAACAUCGAGAACGACGUCGGAACCAAGAACAACCUGGUUUCGGUGCGCCAGUCCGACUUUGAGGUCUUCCAGGCGCUGGCCAAGGACAGCGAGGACACCGGCAAGGACGAAACGAAAGAGUACAGCCAGGACAUCCCGACCAGCAAGCCGUGGGGCAAGGAGUCCGGGCCGCCGGUUUUGCCGCCGCACCUGCUGCAGGUCAUCCUGAACAAGGACACGCCGCUGUCGUGCGAACCGACUCUGCUGCCGGAGCCGAAUCACGUCAUGUUGAACCAUCUGUACGCACUGUCCAUCAAGGACGGCGUGAUGGUCCUCAGUGCGACGCACCGCUACCGGAAGAAGUACGUCACGACGUUGCUGUACAAGCCGAUCUAAAAACAACCGGGUUAUUGUCGUCGUGGAUUUGCCUUUGAUUUUGCGCUUUUGUAGCCGCCGUCGCCGCCGCAGUCGCUGCAUUCUGGUUUGUGUUUGGACAAAAGUGCAUGAUUCAUCUAUAUAUAUAUUUUUUUCUUUGUUAGAAGGUAGGUUAAAAGUUUUUAAAUGAAUGAUUUAUAAUACAAAUUAUAUAUGAUUGGUGGAACAAAAAAAGUAUCGACCGGCGUUUUGGGGGAGAGCAACUUCCGGCGCCGGAUAUUUGUAGAUGUGUAGUUCGAAUCCUAUAAUGAAUGUACAUAACUUAUUGCUGCUAAAGAACUCUUGAUUCAAUAAAGUGUUGUUUCGAA